UUACACACCUUUUUUAACUUUAAUGGAAAUCAACGAUACCUUAAUACUAAACUGGACACCGUUUUUCGGUGAACAAACCUGGGAACAUUAUCGUAUAGAUUAUUGCGGUUCAGAUUUACCACCAUGUCUUAUAACACAUAAUCCUACCUAUUUAAUUCAAAGUCACUUACUAGUAUUUCAUGCUCCGGACAUGAAUUGGGAGGAGUUACCUGAUAAAGAGAUCAGAAAUAUAUAUAAUAAUAAAAUACCCUGGGUUUAUUAUAGUGCAGAAGCACCAGCUCGCGAAUGGGAAUUUGAUGAUGAUAAGAUGAAAAUGUUUGAAUUUAGCCUAUCAUACCGUCUUGAUUCUGACUUUCCGUCAACUUAUCUGGAUGAAGAUUUGACAACAAUAAUUAGAUCUCCAAGUUAUCAAUUUAAAGAUCGUAAACAAGUUCCAGUGGCAUGGGUUGUUUCAAAUUGUCAUGCUUCAAACGGUAGACAUUAUUAUGUCAAGGAGUUAUUAAAAUACAUUGACAUAGAUAUUUAUGGUAAAUGUAUUAAUAAUCAAGAAAUGCUUGAUCGUGUUGUUCCUAUAGUAGACGGUCCAUCUGAUUAUACACCAUUUGCACCUACAAAUCAUUCAUUGAUCCAAAUUGAUCAAUUUUCAUCACCCGAAGAUCUGGCUUCUCAUAUUCUGUCACUUUCAGAAAAUGAACAAGCAUACACCUCAUAUUUAUCUUACAAAAAUAAUAGUACACCAUUAUCAGAGGAGUUUGUUAAAUAUUGGCAAGGUUACAAUCAUCAAACCGGUAUAUUUGGUUAUGACUUUAGAGGUGGAAGGUGUAAGCUUUGCAAACUUGCGAAUCAAUUAAGGAACUUUAAUAAUAAUAAUUCUAGUGCCAAUAAUUUAUUCAAGGAUAUAUUUGAUGAUGAAAUAAAACCAAAAAAACUUUUAUAUGCAGAUCGCAGCUGCAUUUUUGGGAAAUAUAAUAAAUAUUGGAAUCCAUUUUUUAUGCCUGAUAAUCAAUAA